CCGGUGCCCCGCGCCCGGGGUCUGUAGGCGGUCGCGGGCAAUUAGAGCUCGGCGGCCGAGCGCGGGCGGCGGAAAGCGCGUGUUUGCAUAGACGGCGUAGGACACGAGACAGGAGCCACCGUACGUGGAGCAGGCGUGCGGCGGGCAGCCCAGCUCAAGCCCCGCCCCGCCCCGCCCGCUGGGGUCCUGCGCUCCGGGCUGCGCGCGGCGGGCGCGGAGGGAAGUCCCGAGACAAAGGAGCGCCGCCGCCUCUGCCGCCGCGACGGUCCGGGCCGUGGUCGCCCAGGGACUUUGAAUAUGUCGGGGAUUGCCCUCAGCCGACUUGCCCAGGAAAGGAAAGCUUGGAGGAAGGACCACCCUUUUGGCUUUGUGGCUGUCCCAACAAAGAACCCUGAUGGCACGAUGAACCUGAUGAAUUGGGAGUGCGCUAUCCCUGGAAAGAAGGGGACUCCAUGGGAAGGAGGCUUGUUCAAACUGCGGAUGCUUUUCAAAGAUGACUAUCCGUCCUCACCACCAAAAUGUAAAUUUGAGCCACCACUGUUUCACCCAAACGUGUAUCCUUCUGGCACAGUGUGCCUGUCCAUCCUGGAGGAAGACAAGGACUGGAGGCCAGCUAUCACGAUCAAACAGAUCUUAUUAGGAAUACAAGAACUUCUUAAUGAACCAAAUAUCCAAGACCCAGCUCAAGCAGAGGCCUACACAAUUUACUGCCAAAACAGAGUGGAAUAUGAGAAAAGGGUUCGAGCACAAGCGAAGAAGUUUGCCCCCUCAUAAACAGCGGCCCUGUGGCUCCGUGACGAGGAAGGGAUUGGCUUGGCAAGAACUUGUUUACACCUUUUGCAGAUCUAAGUCGCUGCGUACAGUUACUAGUCGCCUGGGAGGGUUGAGCGGGCGUCAUUUUCCAUUUCCGCCACUGGCAUAUACAGUCUCAAUUCGCUGAAUUGCCCCAGUUUUUCAUACAGGGUCUCUUCCUUCAGUCUUUUGUAUUUUUGAUUGUUAUGUAAAACUUGCUUUUAUUUUAAUAUUGAUGUCAGUAUUUCAACUGCUGUAAAAUGAUAAACUUUUGUACUUGGUAAGCCCCUAGGAGCUAGUUUCUUCGCGCUCGGAUGCAGGCAUGCUUCCCACUGUUCAGAGCUCUGGCCUCCAGCUGGCUGUAUGACAGAACCACACUGUCCCUCCCUCCCCACCCUCAACAUCCUCAGAAACCUGGGCUGUUGCUUAUGAGCCUCAGAUCCAAAGUUGGCCAGCGUCUCCAUUCUGCACCACUUCCUUUGUGUUUAUAUGGCGUUUUGUCUGUGUUGCUGUUUAGAGUAAAUAAACUGUUUAUAUAAAG